UCAAAUUGGUUUUUCAAUCAGUAUUCGUUUGUGUAUGAAAAUAAUAUAAUACUAAUUUAAUUAAUUGAUUUAAUAUAAUUAUUCAUAGAAAAUGGGUACUAAUAUACAGUGGUGUCUUUUUAUGUUAUGUGCUAGUUUUGCGGUAACUUUUGCUGCGUCAGGCUACUUCACACCUAGAUCAUAUUAUGUAAUAGACAAGAAUGGUGAGAAAUCCGAUGUAGUCUACUUAACCCCACGCGUUAAACGGGAACUAUUCGAUAAAUUACAUGUAAUUAGAAAACGAUCAACAGAUAUUUCAAACCCAAAAUGUAAGGGUUUAUCAUCCAGUGUUAGUAUAGCAGGCAGUGGUUCAAGUUCAGGUUCAGGUUUCGGUUCAGGCUUUGGUUCUAAUCCAGGUGCAAGCUUCGGUUCUGGAUCAGGAGGAUCUGGUUAUGCAGAUCCAUCACAAAAUUUCAUACCAGUAGGACCACCACCAGAAUUUCUUAAAUUCUUCGAAACAUUCUUCAAUACAUUCCCAAGUGCUGCUCAAUUCGGUUCACAAUAUGUUCAACAACAUAAUAAUAUACCAAACUUUGGACAAGAUUUGGCAUCACGUUUCGGUGGAGGUGAAGAAUUAGUUGAUUCUGGAGAAGUUGAUAAUGUACCUGGUAUCAGUGUAAAUGCAAAUGCUAAAGGAAAUAAAGGUGCUUGGUCUUCAAGUUCAACAUCAAUUGAUAGCAAUGGUAAAGCAACGUACGAAACUCGAAGCGGUAAAGUUGAUAAAUAAUUGAUUUAUCAACUUUAGAAAGUCUACUAUUCAAAAUUUUGUAUUUUAUUUAUACAUCUAAAUUCUAAAUUAAAACAAAUUUUUGAAGAAAAAAAAUUAAAUAAUAAUUAAUAUUAUUUGUUAUUUAAUAAUAAUUGAACUAAGCAGGAGGAGAGAGCAUAAGUAGUUGAUUUGAGGGUCUUGAUUAUAUCGAUUUGUACACUAUCUGAAUAUAUCGAUUUUCAUUAUGUAGAGACUCAUAGUUUAUGAUUCAUAAACAGUUUUCUGGCGAAGUUUACGGACACAAUGUAUAUUGAUGACGUUAAUCAAAUUUUACCACCUAGGAUUUGUUUUGUAAGGUGUAAAAUUUAAUUUUAAAUUACCUGUUUUCUACAAUUGAAACAUAGUAAAAUCUUUAUUUUUGGUGCUUUAAUGAUAUAAAUAUUUCGACUGUUGUUUUGAGUUCUAAUUCACUAUUAUUUGUAAGUAACGCUAAAUAAAUGAAUGCCUAUUAUACUGUUAUCAUAAUGUAUACCUACUUAUGCAUCCUCUUGUAUACUUACUGUGUAUAUUUUGAUCCUGUUCAAUGCCAAUUUUUGAGUUAACUGAACGGAAGUAUUAAAUAUCUAUAGAGCCUUUUACAUUGUGCAAUGUUUUCUAAAGACGUUAAAAAGCCUUUAGAAUAAAAAGCGCACUGCAGAUGUAGAUAGUUAAAAUUAAACUUGACAUUGAACGGGUUACUAAAUUAAAAUUAUGUUAUU